GGGGCUGCAGGGCUGGGGUCUGGCUCUGGGAAGGAGCGGAGCGUUCUCAGCUUCCCCCGCUAGGUGGGGCUGUGGGGCAGGACGCGGGCGGUUCGGUGCGGCACCAGCCCGGAGAAGGCAGCGGCUGGCGGGCGCUGCGCAGUAGGGCGAACGGAGGCCCAUGGCUUUGAUCCGCAACCGGCUGGGCCUGCUGGUCCUCGGCGUCCUGGUCACCUUCCUCCUCUCCCUGCUGCUCCCGGCCAUCCAGCACGAGCGGUUCCCAGCCAGGGCAGGCAGCCCCAAGCCCCAGCCCCGGGCGGAGAAGAGCCAGCGAGAGGCCAAUGCCACCAUCCUAACGGGGACCGUCGCCGGGAGCCCGGCCGUCUCCUACAGAGAAGGCUUCCUGCUCCAGAGAGCUGGCACGCCCAGCCCCAACAGGCUGGAGGUGGUUCUGCUGCACGGCCAGGCCUUCACUUCUAAGACGUGGGAGGAGCUGGGGACGCUGGCUCUGCUGACAGAGGAAGGCUAUCGCGCCGUUGCCCUCGACCUGCCUGGUAGGAGUCUGCUGCCCACGUUGCCGAGUUCAUUUCUGCCUGCCCACGUGGCUCCCUCCCUGGCACGCACCAGCUGGCUGGUGGGCAGAGGAAAUGAUUGACGAGUCCUGUGCCUCCGGGAGGGGUCAGUUACAGGGAGCCAGGCGUUGGAGUGGUGCUCAUCAUGCAGACCGUGCCUGCAUCCCGGAUCCGCUUCCCUCCCGGGGUGCUGGGCAGAAGGCUGGGCCUUCGUCAGUUUCACGUGGCCCUGGAGACGUGGCAGGGCUAGCUAAUGUGGGUCCUGCUGGCAUCCAGCCCCAGCCCAGGGGCUAUUAACGGGGAGGGGCCUGUCAGUGCCACCCGGUCCCGUGCACAAUGGU